ACACUCUCUCUCUCCCUCCCUCUCUGACACUCUCUCUCCCACUCGCACCCUCCCUCUCUCUCUCUCUCUUGCUCCUCCCCCUUUCUCCCUCUGACACCCUCUCUGUUUCCCUAAUGCCCUCUCUCUCUCUUCCCUCUCAUCCCUUUCUCUCGCUUUACCUCCUCUCCCCCCAACAUACUCUAUCUCUCACUCCCCUCUCUCCUGCCCCCCUAAGGGGCAUUGUGGUGACAAUGGUGGGGGGCCCACAAAGUUCUAGUUACGCACCUGCCAGUAGUCCCUGGAUCUGAUGACAUUGAACCUCCCUACUGCUGUAUUCAGUUCUGGAAAUGAGACCACUGCCAGGGAAACCUUGAUAUUGCCACUGAGCAGCCUCUCUCUCACCCAGCAUGGCACUGGGGAUCAUGUCUUCCUGACACAGCACUAGCAUCCUGUCCUUUGGCAAAGCCCUGAGUAAGAGCUGCUGCCAAACGCCCUGUGAAUAACCGGGUGGGUCAAUCCCGAUUUCAUCCUGCAGAGGAGGAAGGGACAAGGGACCAGAGGAGGAAGGGGGUUGGCUGAUGAAAUCGGUUAAUUUGCAUAGACGGACGCAUCAGCAGAUGGAGAUGAUGAUUGGAAGGCAGAUGAUUGGUGCAGGUUGCCUCAACUCAAUAAUCAUUUUCUACGAGGACCGGAACUUCCAGGGCCGCUCCUACGAGUGCAGCGGCGACAGUCCUGACCUGCAGCCGCACUUCAAUGCCUGCAACUCUGUCCGGGUGGAGAAUGGCUGCUGGAUGCUGUACGAGCGGCCCAACUACAUGGGGCAUCAGUUCUUCUUAAAGAAGGGAGAGUACCCCGAUUACCAGCAGUGGCAGGGGCUCAACGACUCCAUCCGAUCCUGCCGCUUAAUCUCAGAACACAUGGGAUCUGGUUCCCCUAAAAUCCGGGUCUAUGAAAGAGACAACUGCAAGGGAGAAAUGAUGGAGUUCUCGGAGGAUUGCCCAAACGUGUACGAUCGCUUCUGCUCCCAUGAGAUCCAUUCCUGUAACGUGCUUGAUGGUCACUGGAUUUUCUACGAGCUCCCCAACUACAGAGGCAAGCAGUACCUGCUGAGACCCGGCGAAUACAAGAGGUUCACCGACUGGGGCUCCCUGAGCGCAAAGGUCGGCUCCUUCCGCCGCGUCGUGGGGCCUUACUAAAAUUGUUCAAUGAAUAAAAGGUGGAGAAACCG